AUGUCAGGGAAGGCUCAAAAGGCUGGUUUGAAAGAGUUGCAAAAGGUCCUUCAAAGUGUGUUAAAUGAUAAAAGCAUUGAGGUAGAAAGUGUUUAUGAUGGGAAAAGUCUGAUGAAAAGGAUGUUGUGUAGUAGAAAGGUUCUGCUUGUUCUAGAUGACGUGGAUGAUACUGAGCAACUUGAGGCGUUAGCUGGUAAACCUAGUGUAGAAUCAUCACUACAACAAGGAAUAAGCAACCUGUUAUCGCAUGAGGAAGCAAUUUGCCUCUUCAGCAGGUAUGCAUUUGGGAGAGAGUCUCCGAAUCAAGGGUAUGAUGAGCUAUCCAGGAUGGUUGUACGUUAUGCCAAUGGUCUUCCCUUAACAAUCAAAGUUUUGGGUUCACAUCUUUGCGGUAGAAGUGAGCAUGAAUGGGUAGAUGCCAUAAAAAGACUAAAAACAAUUCCGUUGAAGGAAACUUUGGAUAAACUGGAACUAAGCUAUAUUGGUCUAGAUAAUGAUCAAAAAGAAAUAUUUUUGGAUAUUGCAUGCAUACUUAAAGGUGCCACGAAGCAGAAUGCAAUCAGAAUACUCGAAAGUUGCGGAUUUCAUGCUGAGAUUGGUUUAAGUGUUCUUGAACAAAAAUCUUUGAUAACCAUAUCUGAGGUUGACAACUAUGGUGAAGUUGUUGAGAUGUUGUUCAUGAAUGAUCAUCUAGAAGAAUUGGGCAGGAAUAUUGUUAGGCGUUUACACCCCCAUGAGCCCAGGAGACAUACUCGAUUAUGGAUUGAUGAGGAAAUUAUAGAUAUACUGGUUAUAAAUGAUUCGGGUACCGAAGAAACACUAUGUAUAAAACUCAAGCGUAUAGACCUCAAUCCAGCAAUUAUUAUGAAAGGUCUUGGAAAGAUGAAGGAACUUAGAUUGCUUUAUGUGGAGGAUGUAUAUGUCACAGAAGAACUUGACAAAGGUAGCCAAUGCUUACCAGAUGCUUUACAAUAUCUUUAUUGGCGUCCGUACCCUUUUUGUUUUCUACCUAAAACUUUUCAUGCAAAAAAGCUAGUCAACCUAGAAAUGGCUUGGAGCAAUAUCACUGAACUUUGGCAAGGGGAAGAAAGAAAGGUUCUUAAUAAGCUUAAAUUCCUUGAUCUCCAUGGUUCAAAGUUGAGAACCUUUGACCUUAUGCUGACUCCAGAUCUCCAGGAGUUAAAUCUUGAAGAAUGCGAUCACCUUUUCGAACUCCACAUGCCCGUUAAAUGUCUGAACCUCAAAUUCCUCAACCUCAGUUAUUCUAAAGUGAGUAAUAUCAACCUUUGGAUGACUCCACAUCUGGAGCUUUUAGAUCUCAGAGGAUGUUCUGACUUUGUAGAACUACAAAUGCCCGUUGAAUGUCCGAACCUCAAAAUCCUCGAUCUCAGUUGUUCUAAGGUGGCUAACCUUAACCUUGGGAUGACUCCACAUCUCGAGAAGUUAGAUCUUGGAGGAUGUGUUGACUUUGUAGAACUCCACAUGCCUGUUGAAUGUUUGGACCUCAAAAUCCUCACCCUCCAUGUAACUAAGGUGGGUAACCUAAACCUCGGGAUGACUCCAAAUCUCGAGAUGUUAGAUCUUGAUGCAUGUAAUGAGUUCGAACUCCACAUGCCAGUUGAAUGUCCAAAGCUCAUAUACCUUAAAAUCAGAGGUUCUAAGGUGAGUAAUCUUAACCUUGAGCUGACUCCAAAUCUUGAGACAUUAGAUCUUUCAAAAUGUUAUUGUCUUCUAAAAAUUCAUGCUCCAGUUGGAUGUCUAAAAAAGCUUGCCUACUUUAGCUUAGACACUCACUCAAAUUUUAAAAGUUUCCAGGUUCAUGAAUGGUAUAACUCAGCUGAGCUUUAUUCUAUAGCUACAUCAUAUAUAAAGGCAGAGUGCAUACAUAUAUGCCCACUACACCCUAAUAAUAAAUUGCCAAAUUUUGGGUUUGAUUGUGAAACAGAUGAACCUGGAUACUCAUGGAUGGGAAAUAUUGAGAAGCUUAUUUAUUCAGGUCUAUGCCCUUGCAAAAAUCUUGAGUAUUGGUCCGCAACUAUUUGUGGUUUACAACAUUUAAGAGGGCUUUCACUUGAUGGCAGUAUUCCUGAGGAUCUGUGGCAGUUAGAAAGCUUAGAGAAGCUUUCUUUGAAUAUGGUAGAGAUUCGGCAUCUUCCAGAUAGCAUUUGUAUGUUGAAGCAUCUAAAAUCACUUGAAAUUAGUAAUUGUUUGCUUAUUGAGCAGUUACCAGAAGAGAUAUGCAGAUUAGAGUGUUUAGAGGAGUUAUACCUAUGUUCUUGCACAUCCUUACGAGAUAUUCCGAAUAGCAUAUGUAAAAUGAAAUGGUUAAAAUAUUUACGUGUCGUUGGUUGUGAUAAAGUUGAGAAAUUGCCAGAGAAACUUGGAUGUUUAAAAUAUUUAGAGAAGUUAGAAUUAGGGAGGUGUAAAUCUUUACAAGGCAUUCCAAACAGCAUAUGUGAGAUGAAAUGUCUAAAACGUUUAGAUCUAUCCAGCUGUGAUCAAGUUGAGAAUUUGCCAGAGGAAAUUGGGUGUUUAGAAUGUUUGAAAGAGUUGAAUAUAUUCAGUGAGGGCAUAAGUCGCCUUCGUCUUCCACAGAGCAUAUUUCAGUUGAAAGGUCUGCGGAUUACUGGGUCAAGAGAGCAGCUUCAGUCAUAUGGUUUUACAUCCUUCACUGAGUCAUACCCAGGAUCCCUUAACUUCUACGCAGUAGAGCUGUGAAAAGAGAUAGGCACUCACAAGUAUUAAAAGUCCAGUCUUUGGAUA